UGUGUGUGUGUGUCGAGAGGUGGAUGCGUAGCCCAUGUGUGUGUUUGUGUCUAGGUAUAACUAUGGUUACUUUUAUAACACUUGUUAUGAGGUUGUACACCUGGCGUGGCGCGUGAUAGUUAAUGGACACGCAAGUACAAUACAUUGAUUGUUGUAGUUUCUUUGUUUUUCUGUUGUUUUUUUUUUGUUAUUCUGUAUUUUUUUUAUUUCUUUUUUUUUACACAUAUACUCAUAUUUGCACGUACUCACAUUUGUUAUGUGUUUUCAUGUAAAAAAUUAUAUAUAUUGUAAUACAUAGUCUAGAUAUAUUUAUAUUAAAAUGAUUUUAUUUUAUAUUCCAGAUCCCUGACCGUGACUGAGUCCCGAGAGACUGUUUCUUCGGAGAGAGGAUUUUCCCGAGAGAAAAGCCUGCAAGGAACAAGCCACGGGCGAGAACAACUGUACCAGCGUUAAUUUGCAUUAACGGAAUUUGUUCUUGUAAAUUCGCAAGAGCUUCUGGUUACUCUUGUUUGCAAAGUGAGUCCGGACCCACGAAGAUAAUAGUAUGAUUAAGAUAACAGUUCGUUUCUUCGGAGGAAGAUGACACCGAAUUAUCUUUCCGGUGGAUGGAGAUUAAAGAGCCUUUUAGAAGACUGUUUCUGAAGCAUUUUUCCGUCUCGAGAAAACGGAUUCGAAGCGGCGACAUUACAGGAGGAGUAUUGUGUUUUGUACUUUGUUAUUUGACGAUGCGAACAUACACGCCCUUCUGAAUACACGGGUUCAAUGUUAACUGCAUUGAUUUAUUUUCACAUAUGUUCCGCUUUGUAAUGAUAACGGAAUAUGAUUUAAAGCAAAAGGAAUUAUAUGAAACUACUAUAAGUGACCUCGUUCGAAGUGCCUGCAGUUGGGAAGAGAAGAUUGCGUGCCUUUAACAGAGCAUUUCGUGAGUAAGCGUAAUAGUUUAGGCUUGUCUGGUGCGUAGACGAUAACCUGAUAACUGGUGCAGUGUAAACCCGGCAACGGUGCCUUAUUGCAGUGCCCACUCAGUGUCGAAGCCACGGUGGUUGGAUGGCGAGUGUGUUUCGUGCAUUUCAUGGUGCCUAAGACUCCUUGUGAUUGCCUUGUGGGGGAAACUACAGAAGAAUUCGUCUUGGAAAGAGAAGAUUUGAAGAGAUAGCGGAACAUAAAGAACAUUGGAGAUUGUCCUGUUGAAAACUUGACUAACCGUGAAUUCUGUCACUUAUUGAAUAUGUUUGAUCCUCGCAGAGCUGAACGAAAACACUUGAGACACAUCUAGAAGGUUGGCCAAAGAGAUCUCCCCCGGUAGACUUUUCAUCCCCGCGCGCUGACCCUCCUUGACCCGGCCUCAGGAUGGUUCGCGUGUCGUGGGGCGGAGAGGUGGUCAUCGCCGACCUCGCCCACGUGGCUGGCGACGGCGGCAACGGGGGCGACGGCACCCACUCCCGCCCGCUGGAUGCCACGACCACCUCGCCCACCGCCACGACCACUCCGACGGUCACGCCCACGACCUCCGCCACGCCCUCGGAGACGCCCACGAUCUCUCCGGCGCCGACGGACUCCACUCCGCCGACGAUAUCCCCCUUGCCUCGGGCGCCGACGGCCAUCGUGGAGGCGCUGUCCGACGGGGACGAGAGCGCCGUGUCCACCUCGUUCUCCGACGACCACCGAUCGCUGCGGGACGACCUGCGCGACGACCUGAGCUCCCCGCGGCCCCGCAGCCCCAGGGCGAAGUCGGAGAAGAGCCGCCUCAUCCGAAUGGCCGACGACGACAACAACAACGGCAACUCCAACGGCAACGGCGACGUGACCAUCAGCAGCGACGACUACCGGCGGUUCCUGACCCUCAAGGGCAGCCCGCCCGACGCCAAGACCAAGGUGGACAUCAAGAUCGCCCCGACGGCGCCGCCCGAGGACGACAUCUUGACCUCGAUGGACCGCAUGUUGGCAACCCUCAGCGACCUCGAGGAUGACCUCGAACCGAUAGAUGGCAUAGAUACCGAGUCCGACUCUGAUAUCGACGAGGCCGCUGCGAGGAGGGAACUCCUGACGGAUAAAUGGAGACAAUUAUUCGACAAAUUUGACCUGGAGGGCUUCGGCGAGAUCCCUUGGCCGGACUUCAGGAACGCCCUCGUCCACCCGGAGUUCGUGGCCGCCGUCGACGUCCACAAGAGGGAGCAGUUGGCAGCCAAGGCCCUCACGCCGUCGACGUCCGCCAUCACUUUCCAGGACUUCGUUAAUGUGGUGAGUUCGAGGGAGGGAGAGAAAGGAGGGUGGUAAAGAGGGAGGUUGAGGAGGAUGGUAAAAGGGGUCAAGGAGGAGGAUGAAAUUAAUGGUAGGAAGAUGAGGAGGGUGAUACAAGGAUGGUAAGGAUGAUGAUGAAAUUAAUGGUACGAAGGCG